GCGCCGCCAUCUUGUUGUUGAUUCGAACCGUAGGGAGCGGGUGAGGGAAGUGCUGGAGCCGGCCUGGGGGACCCAGCAGCAGCAGCAGCAGCAGGAGCAGCAGCAGCAGCGCCCCCCGGCUGGGCAGGGGGAGGCGUCCCUGCCCUGUCCUCAGGAGAAACUUGAAUGGCAGAGCAGCCUUGCCUGUCCUCCUCCUCCACCCAAACUUUCCCUCGAGAGAAGGCUGAGCGACAGAGAAGCCUUGAGAGAUACAAGAGGACCUGCACUACACAUGUCUUGCAAGCAAGCAGCCUCGUCUUCUCUGGACAUGGAGGACCAGUGAAAACCUGGCCAAGACUUCAGACACAUGUUUACUUACUGGGCUCUCUGAGUGGUGGUGAUUUCACUCCUUGAGAAACUGCUCCUUCCACCCCAUGCAGCUCUCUCCAUGCCUCAAGUGUGUGACGGGUGUCCUACGCAAUGUGUGUUUGUCAAACCAUGGAGGUGGGGAAGCACGGCAAGAACACGACCCACACAGGAGGCCGAGGGGUCCUGCUGGAGCCUUUUAUCCAUCAAGUGGGUGGCCACAGCAGCAUGAUGCGCUAUGAUGAUCACACUGUGUGCAAGCCUCUCAUCACCAGAGAACAGCGCUUCUAUGAAUCGCUGCCUCCAGAAAUGAAGGAAUUCACACCUGAGUACAAAGGUGUUGUAUCCGUUUGUUUUGAGGGAGACAGUGAUGGCUACAUCAACCUAGUAGCAUAUCCCUACGUUGAGAGUGAAGCCUUGGAGCAGGAAGAUACACCAGAGAGGGACCAGCCACGUCGUAAACACUCUCGCAGGAGCCUCAACCGAUCAGGCAGUGGCAGUGAGCACAAAGAGGAGAAAGCAGGAUUGCCUACUGACUGCAUAGAAAGCGUCCAGGACACAAAGAGCCUGAAGAGUUUCCAUUCAGAUGUCCCAUUUCAGAUGCUAGAUGCAAACAGCAGUGUGAGUUCUGAAAAGAUCACCUUUAAUCCAUGGAGUCUACGUUGCCACAAACAACAGUUGAGCCGCAUGCGUUCAGAGUCCAAGGAAAGAAAGCUCUACAAAUUCCUUUUGCUAGAGAAUGUGGUACAUCACUUCAGAUUUCCCUGUGUGCUUGACCUGAAAAUGGGGACCAGACAGCAUGGGGAUGAUGCAUCGGAAGAGAAGGCUGCUCGACAGAUGAAGAAGUGUGCACAGAGCACCUCAGCCACACUGGGAGUCCGAGUUUGUGGAAUGCAGGUGUAUCAACUGGACACAGGGCAUUAUUUGUGCAGGAAUAAAUACUAUGGCAGAGGUCUUUCCAUUGAGGGCUUUCGCAGUGCUCUCUACCAGUACCUGCACAAUGGCGUUGAGCUGAGAAAGGACCUCUUUGAGCCCAUCCUGAGCAAACUGCGAAGUCUGAAAUCUGUAUUAGAGAGACAAGCCUCUUAUCGCUUCUACUCCAGCUCCUUGCUUAUCAUUUAUGAUGGAAAGGAUGUCCGGUCUGAGAUUAACAUAGAGUGUAGACCAGAGAUGCAUUUGAAGCAAGUGGACCUCUCUCUUCCAGAGAGCCUACAUGAUGCCAGCAGCACAGAGUCCCCCACCAUCCAGCCCAAGGUGGAUGUACGUAUGAUUGACUUUGCACACAGCACAUUCAAAGGCUUUCGUGAUGAUCUCACUGUACAUGAUGGUCCUGAUAUGGGCUAUGUCUUUGGACUAGAGAGCCUUGUCAACAUAAUAGGACAGAUGCAGGAUGAGAACCAGUAACCUUGGACUGGACUCCUUAAUUUUCUCCCCAAUGAUAGGAACAGAAAGGACUACCACUCUUACAGAGAACGCAGACCCUGCUGCUUUGAAAAAUAUUCUGUUGCUUCAGUGUGUUUAACCUCAUCAAUGGACACAAUAUCCUGGAUGAUCCUGGCAAAAUGGCUUUCACUAUCCUGGCCUGGACUGUUUGUGGAAAGACAAAUCUCAUGGACCCCAGUGUUGAACAUUUUGUACCUGGGGCUUGGCAUUUGUCCUGCACAGCCCUGUGAUUGUGUCCGUUAGGAAUGUGGAAGCUGCAUCCACAGGAAAGACAAGGGGUGAUGUUCUAAGGGUGUAGAUUUUGGGAUUCCGAUGUCUCUCUUUCCUUAUCAACCUUCCACUGAGGCACUAUGGUUUCAACCACUCUUCUUUCAUUUGAAAAGGGCAUUCAGAUCCAAGGAAACAUUAGUUAUGGGGCUGAUUGAGGCACAUGAUUUGCACACACUCUAUGCUAUUGCUGCCCCUGAGCAGAUGUGUGAGACUCUUCUAGAGGUUACAGAUGAAUACUUCAUUUAUAUUCUCCGACCUGGGAGUUAUCAGAUCAUCCUACCUGGGGAAAUAAAUGACCAAAGGAAAAUCAGUGCAGUGCUUUAAUGGUUUUGCCCUGCAUCCUGUAGAUGAUGUGUGCCUGCCUCCCCUCAUCAUUUCCUGAAGUUGAUAGAAAUUCCAGAAAGGCCUGGUUAGAUAUCAGCCAUAUUGUCCCAAUCUUACUUCUUGUAAGAUUAUGGCUAGCUAAGCUUAUUGUUGAUAGCACAAUCAGACUGGUCUCUUACAAGGUACUAAUAACGUUUAUUUGGUACCAACUCUGCCCUUGCCUUUUUAGAACUUGUAGGUACAAUAGUAUCUUCUUCAACCUCACUCAGAUCCAAGGACCAUGGUUCUGGGCUGCAGUAUUGCUUUUACCCCCUUCCUUUCCAAGCAGGUUUUCUUCCAAAAUGAUACAGGUUCUAUCCACACUAACAAAUGGCUUAUGAGGAAGUUGAUGAGAAACAGGCAUUUUCAUUUUCAGAACUUGUUCCUUCUGUAGCAGGAAGCAUCUGCCUGGCUUCGGUGGCCUUCUAGUUGAAUAGGCUGCCAUCUGUGCUUGUUUUCACCUCAGGGAGUUGUUGUUUGCUGGCCUUGUUCCUAUGAUUAGUGACUUUUUGAAUGCAACUGGUCUAUAUUCUUGCCCCGCGUACAUGUAUGGAUUUCUGUGUAGGGGGUAAGGCAAGGUGUCAUUGGUUUGUAAUGUUAAUCUUGACGGCAUUAGUUCAUUAUAUGAAUGGUCACAAUUAAUUCGUAGCUCUUGGUAGUGAUGACAACCCUAAAGACAUUAGUUGCUCUGAUUAGAGCUUGGCCUAAUAUAGAUGGAUGCACUAGACCUCUUGGAAUGCACUUUUGGGGGGAAGGGAACAGUUCAUUGGAGAACAUCUGUCGAGGCAUUUUGGCUUAGGACAGUUGUUUCAAGUGUUCACUGCCAGAUGCAUGUAGAAACGGUUAGAAGCUCCUGUUUGUUUGGAUGAAUCUGCCCUCCCCCUCCCUUUAGGGUAUAUAUGGCCUUCACAGGUCUGUCUUGAAAGUGUUCUUGGAUCUUUUUCAAGGAGCAGCUGGUGGAUCUCUCUCUCUCUCUUGCCAGUGUCUAGUCUGCAGAAGCAAAGCUUCCUGACGUGGUUCUACACGAAGAGCAGAUGGGGGAGCCACCUUUGUGCAUUGACCAAUUCAGCACUAAUGUUAGAUCUCACUUUUUUCCAGUGGGAGCCUCUAUAAUGAGACAUUUUACACUUUGAGAAAGCAAUGCUUGUUUCUUCUUCUAGCAUUACUUUUGAUUACCAGAUCUUAAGGGAAAUGUGCUGCUUUCUGCCAGCUAUUGCUUUGAAGUCUUCAUAUUGAGUUGGAGGCAUCACAAAAAUUUCUUUCCUGUUCAUAUUCUGAUUAAGCAAAGAUCUAUAUCACGUGAGAACAUUUUUAUUCCUCCAACAGCUUCUUCAGUGACAUAGAGAAGACUAUAGAAAACUGCUCUUUGUUUUAAAAUCUAAAGCUUAUUUCCUUUAAGGUCCUUGUGGUGACCACCUCCUUUAAAAAAGAAUAGACAUAUACUCAUACCCCCACUUCUCUAGACUGUUCUGGGCUUCACACUGCAAAUUCCAGAGCUUGUAUAUAGCAUUAUCUCCCUUGCCAGUUUUUUCUCCUUUUUUUAAAAAUGAAGCUAUCAAUUCUAUUAGUUUCUCCAUAAGGAACCAAAAAUAUUAAAGGACAUGGUUUUCUCAGUAUUUUAGUGUUGUGGUUAGUUUUCAGCCAGCAUAACUGCAAAGCACAGUCUUGUUCAAUAGCAAUAAGCUUUCUGAGUUCAAGUUAUUUGAGUUAAGUAGAGACAUGGUUGUGAUGAUUAUUUUGCAUGUCUGAAGGGAUUUGCCUUUCACUGCCCCAGAAAUCUGCUUGCAGCCAGGCAGAGUAUUAAUGGAUCUAGUUUUUGUUUGAAUCUCUAUUCAGCGUGAGCCUGUACAUUUCACAUGUGCAUGGUUUUUCUUUUAUGUGCAGGUAUAUUUGUGUAUAGCCUGGCAGUAUUGGAGUACCUGGAGUGAAGAAGUAGUAGCAAAGCUGUGUAAGAAAACAUGGACAGGGAGGGCUCUUUAGGAAAGUACCCAUACUGCCACAGUAGAUAAAUACAAGCAGCUUCCUUCUGAAGAGUUAUUUCUAAGCCAUCCCUUUGGACAUGCCACAGAAUCAGUUUCUGCAACUUGAUGGUUGCUUAGGUUGAAAGAAUCUCUGCAGAGUCAAAGUGCCUUCUAACAGGCACCCAGAAAGAUAUCAGGAGAUAGGAAGGUCGGAAGCAGAAUGUUUGCCACCAGUGGCUGUCCUCUCCGUUUAGGGACAUGGUUUACUGUUAGUUCAAACAUGCAUCUUUCAAACAAAUGGAGUACACUAGAUUUAUUGCAGUAUCUUCUGGAGCUCUACCCAUUUAGGAAUUCAUGAAGUCAUGCUAAUUGUUUGAUGUUCCUAUUGGUAUUAAUUUGCUUGGCCAUAGUGGAAGUUCCUGUUUGUCAGGAGAAAAUAGGUUCAAUGUCUAAAGAAAGUAGGUCAGAGUAUUAACACAUCCCCUUGAACUUGUCCUGCCUUGAAACAAAGGGAAUUGAAUUUGUCCCAAACAAAGCCAGCUUGCCCUAUGGCUCUGUGGAGUAUUCCAUCCCAUUCUGUUUUGUUAAAUGAAUGUGGCUUUGCUAAGAUAAGACCCACAUCUGUUACACUGGAGCCAGCCUCCUUACUCUAUUGGUUAUAUUUGUGAAAAUCUGCCAUUUCCCAGUUGGUUCUACCUCAUUAUCUAAAGUAAAAUAGUUCAAGAUAAUAAUUAAGCAUCUUGUGCCAUUUUAAGGGUGUUGCCAGAAAGGUGGAAGCUAUAUUUCAGGUGUGUAGAUACCUAAUGUUAUAAAACAAAAUAGCACAAAAUGACAUUUGUUUGGCUCUGAACAACUAACGUAAAGCAACUUUCCCCUUCGUCCUCGAGUUAGAACCAGGGUAGUGUUGCUUGUUUGUGCAGUUUUUCGCUCAUCAGAAGGUUAAAGUAUAACAGCUCUAUCUUGGAAUGGAUAGAAGAUCCACAGUGAAACUGAACAUAUUUUAGGAAGAGGAUGCUGAUUUGGACAUCUGUGUCCAACCAAGCCAUUCUGCAUGCAUUAUAUACAUUCAGGUCCUCUUCUGGAGGCAUUGUAAAUAAUCCUUCCAGUCUGUUCCUACUGGAACACCAUAGCCUGUUUGUUGCCCUAUACAGCUUGCUGACACUUUUAUGUCCAGUAGUGUUGCCUCUUGUAGCAGGAUUUUGCACGUACUGUGUAGUUGCCUUCAUGUAGAUGAUGAAUCAGCUUUUCAGCCUUCUGGAAUACAUAGCCAGCUGUCUCUCUAGCAAUACAUAAAAACUGCUAGUGUUGGUUUAUGAACAGUGUAAGGGGUCCCUUUGUUUUACCAAUAAGGGCCAAAUGCAAGUUCACCUGAUAAGUACUCAAUUUCUUUUUUAUAUUGGUGGCAGCUUCUGCCUUGGAAGUAUCUCUUCCUCUCCUCAGUUAGAGGUUAUUACUGCACUGUGCUUUUUGUUAAUAACUGAUCUUGCCCUUUUAGUUGGUGCAGGGGCCACAAUCUCUUUAUUAGCACCUUUUUAGCCUGGACCUGCUGCAUGAUCUUUCCAAAAUGAUCAGUUUGAGUAUUUCCCUAUGAAUGAUGGAGAGUUGCACUUUGGAUAAUGCUCAGUCUAGAUGACUCCAAAGAAGGCCCUUUGUGUGUCAUGGAGAUGAUAUUGCUAUAUAAAUCUGAUUCUUACACAUGUAUCUCCAUCUGAAAGAACUUCAAGGAAGAAAACAAAACUGGCUUCUGUUGAACACUGGCAAAGAGACUGAAGCCCAGUUUCAGUUUCUGUAGCCUUACCCACACGCCUGCAGCCAUGUACAAACUGUGCCACCACAGAGGACCAAACCACAAUUCAGAUCAAAGCCCUGUUGCCUGCCUGCUGCUCACAGGUUGGGUUAGAUCGGCAUAGUAUUAGAAAGUCAACAAUAUUUCCUGCUGAGCGAAGGUGCUCUGACUAGCCGAUAUUUUAUUUGAGCACUGCACCAGCAACUUGCCACAAGCCCUUGGAGUGCACCUGACUACACAUUCUGCUGCUAUUGGUGUUUAACGUGGAGGUGCAAUCUGUGGGCAUAUGCUGCUUUAUGGCUUGUUUGUAAAAGGGUCUCCUCAAAUCAUAACUUUUUGGAUUUAAAAGGAGAGGCAAAUAAUGUUGGUUUCAUGGACUACUUUUGACCUUCUGGAGGUAGUGGGGAGGGAGGGAGGGAGUCUGGCUGAAGGCCUACGUAUUUUUUUGUUUUACUGUAAGUCUGGAAAGAAUCAUCCAAGUCAGGUACAGACUUUGGUUGUAUUUUUACUAUUAUUGCAUGCUUAUCUCAGGAGCAAAAUGUUGUUUUUUAUACUUUAAGAAGUCUAGGUGUGGAAUGGUCUCUAUGAGAACUGCUUGAAAGGGAAGAAAUGUUACCGUGAGAGCAGGGAGCAGAACUGCCCCCUACAGGCAUGAUUCCCAUCUGUCUCUUCUGACUUGUCUGGGAGAGAUGCAGCAUCACAUAACAAACAUCUUGUAUAUUUUUUCAUAGUCUGUUUCAGCGCCACUUUAUUGGGCCAAGUCAAGCUUUUGGGCAUGAGAAAUAACAGUAUCUGUACUCCAUACACUGCACCCCUGUCUCUCCUGUUGUGUAUAAACAUGUGUAUAUAAAUAAACUGCUAGAAAUUUA